AUGUCAUGCGCAUUUCGGAUUAUUCCAGUAAAGGCAAACAUAACCUAAAAAUUUCUCAUUAGUUUUAGUUUCGCGCCUGAAUUUUGUAAAAGCUUGUGCAUUUGAAAACUAAUCCGAUAAACAUGAAUACAAAUAAAAGAAAAGACGGUCAUGGUACCAGCCCAAAUAAAAAGUUCAAAACGGAACGUAUCUCACGACCCUCGCUGCAACUCGACUCAAAUUCGUCAUUAACAUUUCAGCAGCUCGAACUGGACCAUUAUAUUAAUAAAGCGCCUUACCCAAAUAUGCCAGGUGCUCAGACGGGUUCAGUGCCUGUUAUGCGUAUGUUUGGAGUUACGGCGGAAGGCUACAGCGUGUGUUGUCACGUUCACGGAUUUUCACCUUACUUCUAUGUCCUAUUACCGUCAGAUUUUACAGAUGUUCUCGAAUUUAAGAAAAAAUUAAAUUUGGCUGUGUUACUCGAUGUAAAGGCGGUUCCUGAGAAAGUUUCGGAGGCCGUUUUGGCUGUAGAAAUUAAACGCGGAAAGUCGUUAUUAGAAUUCAGUGGCCACGAAGACAGUAAAUUUGCGAAGAUUACUGUAGCGUUACCGAGAUUCGUGGCUGUCGGCAAACGGCUGUUAGAAAAUGGUGUUUAUGGAAAUAAGUCGUUUAGCUGUUUUGAGACUAACGUCGAUAUUGAUUUAAGAUUUAUGAUCGAUACAAGUAUUUUGGGUUGUUCGUGGAUUCAUUUACCUCCUGGGAAAUGGUAUGGGCGUGGUAAGGAUUCCAAAUGGCCAAUAACGUCUCGGUGUCAAAUCGAAUGUGACGUGUCUUGGGAAGACUUCGUCGCCCAUCCACCCGAAGGCGAGUGGGCUAAGGUUGCACCUUUCCGAAUACAUAGUUUUGAUAUCGAAUGCGCCGGACGUAAAGGUAUAUUUCCCGAGCCUAAUGUGGAUCCCGUUAUACAAAUAGCAAAUGUUGUCAAGUUGUACGGUUCUGAUGACGUAUUGACGCGAAAUGUUUUCACAUUAAAUACAUGCGCUCCAAUUGGUCACGCUGAGGUAAGGUGUUUCGACACUGAGCAUCAGAUGCUUGAGGCGUGGGCCGAUUUCGUUAGAGAACUAGACCCGGACGUUUUCACCGGUUACAACAUUAACAAUUUUGAUAUACCUUAUCUUUUGGAUAGGGCAAAACAUUUGAAGCUUAAAAAGUUUGAUUUUUUGGGACGAAUUUUGAGUAUUCAGUCGAGCGUGAAAGAAACUGUGAACCAAACGAAAUUUGGAAAACGUACUUUUAAGACUGUCAACUUUGAAGGAAGAGUUGCUUACGAUAUGCUGGUGGUGAUGAAAAGGGAUUUCAGGUUACGAUCAUACACUUUAAAUAAUGUGUCUAACGAAUUACUGGGCGAACAGAAGGAAGACGUGCAUUAUAGUAUCAUUACUGAUUUACAAAAUGGCGAUGAACAAACACGACGAAGAUUAGCCGUGUAUUGUAUAAAAGAUGCAGACCUGCCUCUACGUUUAUUGGAUCACGUUAAAAGUUUCGCAAACGACAUAGAAAUGGCACGUGUUACCGGUGUCUCAAUUACAAGUUUAUUGACAAAAGGCGAACAAGUUAAAGUGGUCGCACAAUUACUAAGACAUAGCCGGCAGUCCGGAUAUUUCAUGCCGACGCACCAUUACGCCCCCAGCACUGAACAAUACGAGGGCGCAACAGUUAUUGAACCUAUUCGCGGCUAUUACACGUAUCCUAUUGCAACAUUGGAUUUUAGUUCCCUGUACCCUAGCAUUAUGAUAGCCCACAAUUUGUGCUACACCACUCUCGUACGUCCUAAUAUGAAAGAUAAACUAGGUCUUGCGCCCGACGAAAUUACCGUUACUCCAUCGCAGAAUAUAUUCGUGAAGUCUUCAGUUAGACAAGGUUUACUACCUGAAAUUUUGCAACAACUGUUAGCGGCACGUAAGCGUGCUAAAACUGCACUAAAAGACGAAAAGGAUCCAGUGAUGCAAGCGGUCUUAAAUGGACGUCAAUUGGCACUGAAAAUUUCUGCAAAUUCCGUAUACGGAUUUACUGGAGCUCAAGUUGGUAAAUUGCCCUGCUUAGAAAUCUCAGGGGUAAGUGAUGUAAACUUUCGUUUUUAAUUUUUCUUAGUUGCA